GGUGACCCUUCUUGUUUUUCUGAAACAUACGGAAAUUUCAUAAUGUAUCCAACAUCUGGCGAGGGUACAAAACCAAAUGAAAACAAAUUUUCCCCUUGCAGUAUAAACAUGAUUUAUCCAGUCAUUGUGAACAAAGGUUGGUGUCUCGCUGAUAGAAGUACCCCGUCUUGUGGAAAUAGCAUCGUAGAGCCAGGCGAAGAAUGUGAUUGUGGUACCUCGUUUACCUGUGUAUACACUGACAACUGCUGUACUCCCUCGGACGUGACGAACUCUCCCGACGCGCCGUGUACAUUUAGAAGAUCGGAAGGCAAAGUGUGCUCACCAAGAACAGGGCUCUGUUGUGAACAGAGCUGUACAUUUACGCCAGCCAGUGUACAGAAAGUGUGCGGGAUCUCCUCAGAAUGCCAGGAGACUGUCGUCUGCGAUGGAAACAAUUCGGUAUGUCCCGACGCAACCCUUAAGCCAGACAACACUUCAUGUGACUCUGAUAGAAAAUUGUGUGACAAUGGAACAUGCUCAAAGAGUUCCUGUGAAAGGAACAAUCUUGUUGAAUGCCAGUGCACGACUGUGUCUCAUGAUAUGUGUAAACUCUGUUGCAAAGCGCCGAAUACUGGUGACUGUAAACCAGCCAACGAGUUUAGUAUCCUCUCCACCACAAGUGACGUCAUUAUGUUAGCAUCCGGGUCAUCAUGCAAUGAAUUUACUGGAUUUUGUGACUCACGACACACUUGUAUCUCUGAAGAUCCUAAUGAUGUAAUAGACAGACUGAAAGACGCCUUUAGCUCUCAAGUCAGACAAGACAUUGGGUUAUGGAUGAAGAACAAUUGGUAUUACGUGUUCUUUGGAUUGUUGAGUUUGUUCAUGCUCAUUAUCCUGUUCAUUGGUUGUAGAAGAAAAAACGAAAACGUGCAAGGUCGGGCAUACCGGCAGGGAAGAUUCGAACAGGUAAUGGCACAAGCAAGGAUAGAAAGAGAAAAGCAAGAAAGGAAGAUGAAUGUCUUAGCGGCCAUGUUUGACAAGAGAAUUCGAAAAGUACAACACGGCCACGAGAGUUUGGAAUACACGUACGCCGUUGUCCGACUCUCAGUCUUCUUUCCAACAGCAACCAAGGAGGUGAUCCGACAGGCGCUGGCCAAGUGUACUUCAGAGGACGUGGCAGUCCGACAUUUACUGGUCAGUGGCUUCCCGAUGAGAAAGAUGGUCUGUGCGAAAGACUUUAUGAAGGCCUGCUCUACAAAUGGGGAUUGUGAUGUAUCUACAGGGUAUUACUGCCAGAAACAGCUCUGCCAAGGGAAGUAUCAGCUAAAAGCUGAACUGCACGGAAGGAACGUAUCCUUGACGUGGAGGGACUUUAAGCCGCCCGAUUACCAGUUCGAAUACAGUGUAGCCAUCUCUACAUCGUUAACAACUACCACAUGGAAGAAAGUUGAAGUAGGGUCAGCUCCAGAAUGUAUCUUGUACGACCUUCACCCUGGGACUAUAUACUACACAACAGUUGGGAUAUGGAAAGAUAUGCACUUUGCGGAAUAUCAAGAAACAAGCGAAAUAAUUUCGUUUAAAACAUCAGAUGCUGAAUUUUGCAAACUGGGGACAAGGAGAUUACAAGUAGGCAAUAUUGUGACCAACGACUGCGAGGACAGGUGUGAAUGUCUGAGUACAGGUGAACUAAGAUGUGAACCCAUUUGUAAGCAAUAUCAAAAGGAGCUACAAGAGGGUGCUGGUGUCAAAUGUCACAACGAGACAAGUCCGAAUGGCUGUUGUACCUACAUCAAGUGCUCCCAAGCACCUCUCCUAAUGGUAAAAAUCACCACAACUAAACCUAUUCUAGAAAACCCUGGAGAUUAUGCAAGCAUGAAAAUUCUACGAAAGUCCAGCAACUGGGUUAAACUCAAUGUCACUUCCACACCCCACAACAGCAUCAGUUUGGUCCAGUUGUGUAUCAAGCAGGCCAACAAAGAAAACAGCACCCUGGAGACUGAUGUGGAUGGGUGGGGUCAGAGCCUGUACCUGAUAGACAGGCUCCACCCAGGCCAGGAAUACGAGGUCUGGUUACAGGUCGUCUUAAACAACAACCAUUCUGUGUCAACAUCAGAGAUCUACUUUAACACAUCAUCAGACAAUGCAUCUCUUUGUGUCAACAACACAGAACACAGCAAAAUGGAGAUAACGGUGACAGCUUCAGCAAACUCCGAGUCACACCUAUACGUUGGUCUGAUUGUUGGCAUUCUAUCAAUUAUUGCCGUCAUCUUUUCUGUACAAAUCUGCCUUAUACUGAAGAAGAAGCAAACUUGUUCUAAAAGGGAGACAUUGUUCUUUGUGAAUGCCACUUUUGGGGAAGAAUUGGACAAAUCUAUUCAACCGGAACAUGUCAUGCUAAAUGUUUCCAGAGAGGAUCUCAGAUUGGAGAUUCCAAUGAUACAUGUCCGACCAGAGAGCCCUAAUAGACCAGACACACCACAGGAGCAUGUCCGACCGGAAACUCCCACUAGACCUGCAACACCACAGGUGAAUGUCACACCAGCGACGCCCAAAGUUCCGGACUUUUCCAAGUCCAUUGCAGCUCAGGAUAUUUUGAAGUGUGACUUUUGCCAGGAGGAUGAUGCGGCAGGGGAGAUGUACUGCAAGACCUGUGCCUUGCAUUUGUGCACUGCUUGUGUCAGCAGGCAUAUAGAAUCCUUGACAAGCACCUGCUUCCAUGAUAUUGCCAGGUACAAAUCCAGCAGAGACUUUAUAAGACCUGUUUGUGACUUUCAUUCUGACCAAAAGUGUGAGAUUUUUUGUAAGGAGUGUGAUGUUCCUUUCUGUUCCCAGUGUCUGUCUGAGGGAUCACACAAGAAUCAUGACAUUACGGGAAUAUGUGGUACCUAUGCAGUCUUAAAAGACAAAAUAUUAAAAGACACUAAUUACUUAAAAGAGAACAUGAUUCCUGAGUUUGAGAAAAAUGUCCAUCAAAUGAACCAAUGGAUUGAAGAGACUACAGAGCAAUAUGAUCAAGUAGCAAGAACCAUGUCUCAAAUUGGAAACAUUUGGCGUGAGCAACUAGAAGCUGCAAUUGCUCAUCAUAAAAAUAAAAUUCAGGCCUCGAGGACGAAAGACGUACAAAUUCUGACCAAGUGUGAAGAAUCCUUGACAGAGCCUUUGGCAAAAAUCAGAGAGAUUAUUAAUAAGAACAAACAAAUUGUGAGUUCUCUGGAUUUUAAACAGCUUUUUGAAUACAGAUCAUCAGUUGAAAAUUUUAGAAGAGUUCCACAUAUAACUGAAAUCAACGCUCCAUCAUUUGAGCAACAUACUUCACUGCUUAAUCAAAUGGUAGAACUUAUUGGAAAAUUAGGCCAUUCCAAAAUAACAAAUAUUCCAGGGUACGUAAUCAGAAUCCACAUGGAGAAUCCUACCCUCCUUACAACUUUCCAAAGCAAAUAUAAAAAAGGCAUUCGGAGAUUACGAUGUGUAAGUAAGGGCAAUGCUUGGAUCUGCGGUUUUUACGAUCGCUGGCUUAAAUCUUUUGACCUCAAUGGCACUGCAAGACAUAGAAUCCUUCUGAAACAUGUCCCCAUUUGUUUUUCCACAAACAACAGAGGUAAUAUAAUUUUCCUGGAUGACCACAGCGCAAAUAUUGUCCAAGAUGGUGAAAAUGAGUGUCUCUUUAGAGUAACUGACUGGAAGCUGCGAUCGGUGUGCUGCACUGUACACGAUGAACUUCUUAUUGGUAUGACUAAUUUCCAGAAAACUGAGGGAAAGGUUGUCCGAUAUUCUGGAUUAAAAAUUGUGGGUGAAAUUCAGAGAGAUUCAGAAGGCAAUUUGUUAUUCUGCAUGCCUUACUUUGUACAGGAGAAUAGAAAUCUAGAUAUCUGUGUUACAGAAGUCAAAUUACAGAAAAUUCUGGUGACAGACAAGAUGGGGAGUUUGAGAUUCACCUACAGUGGUAACCCAGCUGCCAAGAACACAUUCAAACCCUUAGACAUUGCAACUGAUAGCAAGAGUCAGAUUCUUAUAGUUGAUAAAUCAAACAGGUGUGUCCACAUCAUUGAUAAAGAUGGACAGUUUAUCCGGAUUAUUGGCGGUUUUGAUUUGGAGGAGCCAAUCAGUAUCAGUGUGUCCCUCGAAGAUAAUCUAUGGGUGGGAGAGAGUAAGUCUGGGAUAGUGAAGGUUAUCCAGUACAUGAAAGAAUGACUAUCGAUCUAAGUACAUGUAAUUGAAAAAUUAUAUAAAGACUUUUCAUUUUAUAUCAUUUAAUACUUUUAUGUUUUCUUCAUUAACAUUAACAUAAUUCUAUCAAAGUGA